GAUGGAGGGCCAGCCGCCUCUCCUUCUCCUCCUCCUCCCCACCCCCUCCCCACAAGUUCCGGGGGCCACUUCUGCACAGCUGCCAAGACCGAGAGAGCUCCGUGUGCUCUGAAUUGAAAAAGAAAAGAGUGAAGGAGAGAGAGAGAGAAAAAAAAAAGCCAGCUUUAAACAAAGAGCAGCCCUGGUCCCUCCCGCCCCGGGGCUGUGGGCGCGUCCCACAGUCUGCCUGAGAGGGGCACCCGGCUGCCGAGGCCCAGAGGCGGGGAACACCGGGUGGAGAGGGCGGCUGUGGCCUGGACAGCGGCAGUUUCACCGCUCGGGGCUUCUGACCCCUCUCUGCGUCCAGCCUGGCAGCUGUGCCCCGGCCCAGCCGCCAUGGCACAGUGCAAGACAGAGCAGGAUGACUGGCUGCUGGCCCACCUAAAGUACCUACUCUUCAUCUUCAACUUCUUCUUCUGGGUAGGUGGGGCAGCUGUCAUGGCUGUGGGUGUCUGGACACUGGUGGAGAAGAGCGGGUACCUCAGCAUCUUGGCCUCCAGCACAUUCGCUGCCUCUGCCUACAUCCUCAUCUUCGCUGGUGCUCUUGUCAUGACAACUGGCUUCCUGGGCUUUGGGGCCAUCCUCCGGGAGCAGAGGAGCUGCCUCUCCACAUAUUUCUGCCUGCUGCUGGUCAUCUUCCUCGUGGAGCUGGUGGCUGGGGUCCUGGCGCAUGUGUACUACCAGAGGCUGAGCGACGAGCUGAAACGGCACCUGAACAGCACCCUGACUGAGCACUACGGGCAUCCCAGGGCCGCUGACAUCACAGCCUCGGUGGACCGGCUGCAGCAGGACUUCAAGUGCUGCGGCAGUAACAGCUCAGCCGACUGGCAGCGCAGCGCGUACAUCCUGUCUGAGGAAGCCCUGGGUCGCCAGGUGCCUGACAGCUGCUGCAAGACAGUGGUAGCCCGCUGUGGUCAGCGGGUCCACCCCUCCAACAUCUACAAGGUGGAGGGAGGCUGCAUGGCCAAGCUGGAGCAGUUCCUGGCUGACCACCUGCUGCUCAUGGGGGCAGUGGGCAUUGGGGUGGCUUGUCUUCAGAUCUGCGGGAUGGUUCUCACCUGCUGCUUGCACCGAAGGCUCCAGCAACACUUCUAUUAAAGGUCGCCCCUGUAGCCUGCUGACCGUCCCGCACAAGGGCCCACGUCCCCACAUCCUGAAGCAGGCCUGCAGAGUCGGCACAGGGGCCAUGGGCUCCCUUCACCGGAGGCAGAGCCCGCCAAGUGCCUGUGAUUGUGGCUCCUGUGCUUCCCGGCUGGGCAGGGUCCUCAGAUCACCCCUCCACUUCUAAGCACUCAUCCGCCGCCAGAAUCCUAGUGAAGGGAUGGUCCUGGCAAGAGGCAUCCAGAGCCCUUUGCCAGGCAUGGAGCACCGUGGACAACAGGAGGGCAAAACUCGGCUCUCUCCGAUCCAUCUCCAUGCCUGAGGCUGGAAUAGAAGGCUGGCAGGCUGGUCCCUCUGAGACUCCUGUACGGCAUGGGCCCCAGCUGGCUUUCCUCAGAGAAAAACACAACUUUGGGCAGACUCGAUUAGCUCACCCCUUCCCAAAACCUAGCUGGGUUUUUGUUUUUGUUUUUGUUUUUUUUAAUCUCCCCAUACAGUAGCUGGCCAUGUCUUUCCUGUAAGGCCUGGGACAGGAGUAGCCUAAGGUGGAGCAGCUCAAGACCAGGCUGUUGGAGCCACCAGGAUGCUAAGGAGGCAGGGUUGGUUACAGCACCUGGGAGAGUCAUGUGAUGCUCACAAGACCCACCCACCCCCCAUCUCGUCCCAUUCCUAGUUUUGACUCCCAAAGUGCUAGGUUUAAACCGUCAGUGAAUAUAAAGCUCUUCCCCAGGGGAGCACACCCCAGGCUUGUUAGUCACAGCUGCCUGCAUCCCACUUCCCGGUGCCUUCAUGACCCCACUGUUUCCCUUCCACUGUGCUCUCUACUUUCAUCUUCACCAUCCCGGAGUAGAUACCACCCCCUCCUUUGCUGAAUGAAACAGAGACUAUUCAGGGAGCACUCCCCCUGUGUCAAAGGAUAAAGAAAGAAAACCCUAGGGAAAUUAACGGUCGGUAGCAGGUAGUGGGGGAUCCUCACAGUGGCAUCUUGCUGACCAAAAGCACUCAGUUCACCUUCCACCUGACCCAGCUCUCACUGCAGCAGGCCCAGAUCCUGCUGAGCUGGGUCGGUUGUUGGAGGGAGGUGAGCUGGUCCGUGAUGGACUGAGGGUCACUGGUUGCUGUGACCAGCAUAGGCCUAGAGUUCCAUUCUCAGAGCAGGAAGGAGCUGUGUGGAACAGCAGGCUCUCGGGUCAGACAGCCUCCUCCAUUCUGGCAUUCCCCGGCACUACUUAGAGCCUGGGCUGGCUUAUGUUGUCUGCCUGAAGGGCCCUGGGUUUGUCUGCACAAACUCAGUAGAAAGAAAACACUCCCAACAACCCCAGACUACGCUAUGGCUAGCCUCCAUCUUCCCAGGAUUCACACAGAUACUCAAAGACCGUCUGUGGUCCUCAAGACGGCUCCCCUGGAGGUUCUGAGGGGAGAGCCUAGAAGGAGGAUUGAGGGGGGGAGAGGAGUGGGGCCUAGACCAUGUUAUUCCCAAAAAGGCACUGAGGGAGGUGACAGUGUACAGAGGGGGGACUGUGGCAUCAAAUAUCUGCUUUGGUAGGCUCCCUUCAUCCUCAGGCAGAUGAGGACAGAGGUGCCAAGUGGACACCAUUUGUACAUCGGUGAUACAGAGGUAGUCCCGAAGAGUAUGACACAUUGGCUCCAGUCAGAACUGCAGAGUGAGUGGACAGCCCCAAAUGUGACCUCCUUGAUCGUAUAACAGCCUUGGUGACAAAAUGGGUUUAGAAGACAUAAAACACAUAGUAGGCCAGGUUCGGUCCAGCAGGCUGGACCCGAGGAUGGAAUCUAUAGUGAGGUGUGUCUAUCAAAUUGAUGCCAGAAUGUUUCUUCCUAUUCACCCUCAGGGACAGGUCCUUGUUUGGAGGUCAUCAGUCUGAGUUUCUUAGAGAGAGGGAAGGACACACCUGUACAAUGCCUUCCUGGGUCCCAGGUCAGCAGAAAACAUACUGGGGUCCCAUGCCAGGCUCCGAGCUCUGUGUGGCUGAGGCCAGUGCUCCCUCACCCUGAGCACAUGAGUCACUGUUCCCUAAGCUCAAGGCGGCCACCUCAAAAACACAGCAUAGUCCCCCAAAUCCUCCCCAAGGGACCAGAGUUUGGGAAGCAAGGGUGAACCUUAGCCUAUAAUAUGAACAUGAGGUGUCUAUAUGCAUUUGUUUUUUUCCCUGCCCAUCUGUGUACCCCACUUCCCAUAGCACCUCUGGCAUGGCUUUGGGGAUGUUCAUUGAGGGGUCCUUCAAUAUAUUAUCCACACCAACAGUAUGUGCUACAGUCCCCAUGCUGCUGAUGAAGAAACUAAGGCUUGGCCAUAAGCCGAAGUCAAUGGUGAUGGCUGUUGUCAUGGCCCUGGCCGGGUGGACUCAUAAAAAGCCCCUCUGCCCCAGCACCAGCUGACAGGCUGGCAUUCAGGAGCAGAGAGUCCUAGGGAUGGCCAAGCAGUGGCAGCCUUAACGCCUCCCAGGUUGGAUGGGACCAUCCACAGUGUUCAAAUGCCAGCAGCCUUUUCCAUUCACAGCUGAAGCACACACCUACCUUAUUUCAGAAUGACAACCAGGCCCUGUGGGGAAGCUAACCAGACAGAGCUCCUAGAAAUGCCCCAGGCCACAUUCAGUGGCCUAUACAGCCAUUACAGUGAGAGCAGCGACUGUCCUUGGUGAUCAGCCUCCGUGCAGAUGGCACUCACACCAUGCCCUGACCUCUGGCUGGGACAUGAACUACCUCUCCCUGCUUUCCCACUCUCAAACGGGCCCUGGCUGCCAACACGGAGCCUCCCCCUCAGGCCGGGCCUUCCUCUGCCCUGUUGUCCCCCUCCCACUGGCCUGUAUUGAUCAUUUGUUGUUUCUGGGCUCGGGAGUGGACACAAGAUGACUUCUAUCUUGAGAGCUCUCACCCUUUCUUGACACGAGGGUUCAGGUCCUAAAGGCACAGGUAGGAAGGAUGUACAGCAGCUCAGUGUGAGAAGCCACUCUGAGCUGGGAACCCACUCUGAGCUCAGAAUCUGCCACUCUGGACAGCUUCCAGGGUUUUGAAGCCAAGGGAAUGAACAGAUCAGUUAGAACCCCAGCAGCUUUGAAAAUGGCCUCUGCGCAUUGACUCUACUGGGCCACGGGCAAAGAGGCAAGAGAAGGGAGGGCAGCUGAAGCCGUUCAGGAGAAAAGCAGCUGGCUUUGUUUUGAGCAAACCACCCUUCCUGGCGGGUGCAAUGUGUCUUACACUUGCUCUCCCCUCAGAACCUCCAGGGGAGCCUUCAGAUCAGGACUCUGCCUCCCCAGAGUUGCUCCAAGGAAGGCCAGAGCCAACAGUUGGCAUUCUUGUUAAGUUUCCAGGUGGUGGUGACGCCACCGACUAGAAAGCACAGUGAACCACACGAGGACCACACGGGGACCACACGAGGACACGGCUACCUUCCCUCAGAUGCCAGAGCCCUCAAGGGUCAAAAGCCAUUAAGGCCAUCUGGCACAAGCCUCUCACGGAGCAGCUUGAGACUGCUCCCACUGUGUCCACAGAGAAGGUGGGAUGAAGCCAGCCGCUGAGCGGUUUACAAUCAGCCAAGCACGUGCGCAUGCUCCACACACCACCGGCCCUAUUGAGUCUAGGCCAGAUGCCCGGGUCUUCUUCCUGAAAGGUGACCCUGACACUCCCAGAUCCCACCUUUUGCUAUGUGCCUUAGGGUGGCUCUGCUGCCUCCAGCUGGACAUCAAGCCUCCCUCAUCCUUCCCCUCCUGCUUACAUACCUGUUAAACCCGCUCCUACCCUACGCCACGCCAGUACCGACAGAAAUUCCAGAGAGCUCAUUGUUAGGAGGCCAGGUGGGCUCCUGGGUCCAGCUGGCUCGUGGAGGUGACUCAUCAGAUAUUCCGAAAAGACAGAAGUUGCCUUAACCUACCGCUUCCGCUUCCAGUGAAACUCCAGAUGUGAGAUGUGCCUCGCUGCCGACCUCAGCGUACGCUCUCCGUUCCUUGUGCUAGCAGACUCGGCAAUAAAGGACUUGUACCCAG